CCAAAGCUCAGAGCGUCCCAGAGACGUGAGACACGGACUUCGCUAGCCACUUGUGCCACUUUGGGUGACAUUCUUCUCGUCGUGUGGAUUGCGGUUGCCAGCGCACAGAUAUCGCUGAACGGCGUUGUGGUUCAAGCCACAAAUCAGCGUUUGAAUUGAGGCCUUUAAAGCACCAUGUGGCCCCCGAUCCCCGUUCUGCUGGGGCUCCUCCUGCUGACAUCUGACUCUUUAUCCCAAGACAGUGACUGUGAUGACCCAGCGGGCGUGGGGGGGUCCGGUCCGGGGGCAGAAAUAAGAUGGUCGUAUGAUAAGUCUCAGCAGAUCUGCAGAGCCUUCGUCCAGAAAGAAGACGGGAAGAGCAGGAACAGCUUCAGCUCCGAGAGGGAAUGUCUCAGGCGCUGCUCGCCCGGGUUUAACGCUCUAUAUCCCCCUGGAGAAGCCGUGUGCGGUUUGCCCCAGGAUGCCGGCCCCUGCAUGGCCCUGAUUUUAAUGUGGUAUUACGACCCGCAGCGGGAGGCCUGCGAUACUUUCUUUUACAGCGGAUGUCAGGGCAAUGGGAAUAGAUUCGACAGCAAAACGAACUGCACCGGCACCUGCAUUACCCCCAGGAAAGGAAGAUCCAGCGGAACCAACCUAAGCGAAGAACCGUCUUCUUCAGAGACAGACGCAGGGCUGGUUAUCGGCAUUGUGUUCGGUUGCGUGUUUGGGGCUGCAUUUCUUAUCACGCUAAUUCUCUUUUUGGUGCAGAGGAAGAAGCUGAAGAAGCAGCACAAGCGGGUCCCGGCCGUGGAAAUGAACUAACCCCAAGAGCUCGCUCUCCCCCCUUAUGAACCAAGUCUAAAGAAAAGUUUACAUUAAAAAGAAUAAAAUUCACAGAAAU